UGCCAUAGAAGAAUCAAAAUCUAGGGAAAAUUGGAAAAUAUGGAAAAAUCGCCAUUUUCGAAGUUGCCUCCAUUUCAAAACGAGGCUCCCGAAUAAAUUCUGAUUUGCAAGCAAACGUUCCACUCGUGAGACGAAAUUACAGGAUGAAAAUAUGAAAAUCGGCGCUUAUAACGAAAUACUGGACUUCGUGCAGAGCAUGAAGGGCCGUAUUCGUGUAGCCAAUGUUAUAAAUGAGUUUCCAGGUAUUUCAAAGUACACCAUUGGAAGCAUAGUCUCUCAAGAAUACCAGAAAAAGAUGAAGAAAGUCAGUUAUAAACACCAUGAUGUGGAUUUUGUUGAGAAUCGGUACCAUAUCUAUUGGACGAGAAUAAACCGUGGAGAAGAUCAAGUGCUGGUUUCAUUGGCUAAUGAGGUUGAAAUUUCCCCCUCACUGCUUGCUAGAACCAUUGUUGAGAAACAUGUUUCCGUUACUGAGUAUGAUGGCAAGAAUGUUCCAAAGCCAGUUUUGGCACAGAUGAUGAAAGACACAUCUCUAAUCAAGGACCCAGUGCUAGCACGGGAAGUAGACAUAUGCAUUCUUGAUGAUGAUUUCUAUGGACCCAUCGUUGACAGCAUACGACAUUCAAUUGGACAUGAAUAUGAAUUCCUUCUGAAGAAAAAGGUGGACGAGAAAGGUCUUUCAUAUUUAGAUGAAGAUCAAAUGCGUGCGAGGGGCUAUGACAAGACUCCUGAUGUAAAACUUGAGGUUCCUAUUUCUAUUGAUGGCCAUGUGGUGAACUGGAUCGAGAGUAAAGCAUCCUUUGGAGAUGAAGUCAGUCAUCGAGGUUACCUGAAGGAUCAGUUCUGGAGUUACUGGAAUAGGUUUGGACCAGGAUUAGUCAUCUACUGGUUUGGCUUCAUUGAUGAGCUGGAUACGAAUCGAGACAAAGGAAUACUUCUAAAAGAUCACUUUCCUGAGGAUAUCGUUAAAAUGAACCCACUUUGUCUUAGCAAUAGAUGAACAAGGAUAUCAUCUUCAAAUGUGUUAAAUAAUGCGAGGUGCUCUAUCAUGAGAACAGACCAGGAUAUAUGUGUAUACCAUUCUGCAAUUUUUUACUGACAAUCAUUCUAACCUACAGAACUAAUCAGUAGUGUGUUUGGCUCCAUUGGUUUCACAUUGUGUAAGCGACUGGAACAGGACUCGUUGCUCUGAAUUUACCACUGGUGCCUCUGAUGGUUUCUGCAUGAAAUUGGUCGUCUCUGCAGAUGAACAAGAUUUACAAUCAGUUGUGAUAUCAAUUUAUUCCAAUGUUGUUGAAAUGCAAUUUGUACUCCAGAUGCAAUUUGUACUCCAGAUGUGCUU